AUGUCUCAAACAGGAAAGAAGGAUGCUGCAGAUCUGCUUGCAUCAUUAAAGAUCGAUGAUGCUAAGAAAGAAAGCGAAUCAACAUCAACCACUACUGAGAAGAGUGUUCCAUUGAAGAAAGAAGACGACAAACCAGUAAAGGUAAAUCCUUUGCUAUCAGAUAAUAAAACUGAAAAAUCAGAAAAGAAAACCGAUACUAAGAAUGAAGAAGAAUCUCCACUGGUGAAAUCAGAAUAUGAAGUUAAAGUUAAACUUGUAGAUUUACAAGCUGAUCCAAAUUCUCCAUUAUACAGUGCUAAAUCCUUUGAUGAAUUAGGAUUAACUCCUGAAUUAUUAAAAGGUGUCUAUGCGAUGAAAUUUCAAAAACCAUCUAAGAUUCAAGAAAAAGCAUUACCAUUAUUAUUAAGUAAUCCUCCAAGAAAUAUGAUUGCUCAAUCACAAUCUGGUACGGGUAAGACAGCUGCAUUUUCUUUGACUAUGCUAUCUAGAGUUGAUCCCUCAAUUAAUUCACCACAAGCUAUUUGUCUUGCACCAUCUCGUGAAUUAGCUAGACAAACAUUAGAAGUAGUUCAAGAGAUGGGUAAAUUUACAAAAAUUACUACUCAAUUAAUUGUUCCAGAUUCAUUUGAAAAAAAUAAACAAAUUAAUGCCAAUAUCAUUGUAGGGACACCUGGUACUGUAUUAGAUUUAAUGCGUAGAAAAUUAAUGUUAUUAAAUAAUAUUAAAAUAUUUGUACUUGAUGAAGCUGAUAAUAUGUUAGAUAAACAAGGUCUUGGAGAUCAAUGCCUUCGUGUUAAGAAAUUUAUUCCAAAGACUACUCAAUUAGUUUUAUUUAGUGCAACGUUUGCCGAUAGAGUAAGAAAUUAUGCUAAAAAAGUUGUUCCAGAAGCCAAUACUUUAGAAUUACAAAGAAAUGAAGUUAAUGUCGAUGCAAUUAAACAAUUGUAUAUGGAUUGUAAAGGUGAAGAUAACAAAUAUGAAGUUCUAUGUGAAUUAUAUGGUCUUUUAACAAUUGGUUCAUCAAUUAUUUUUGUUGCCACUAAGAAUACAGCAAAUUUAUUAUAUGGUAAAUUAAAACAAGAAGGUCAUCAAGUAUCCAUUUUACAUGGUGAUUUACAAUCACACGAUAGAGACAGAUUAAUUGAUGAUUUCCGUGAAGGUAGAUCCAAAGUGUUAAUUACUACAAAUGUUUUAGCUCGUGGUAUUGAUAUUCCAAGUGUUUCAAUGGUUGUUAAUUAUGAUUUACCAACUAUUGAAAAUGGACAAGCUGAUCCUGCUACAUAUAUUCAUCGUAUUGGUAGAACAGGUAGAUUUGGUAGAAAAGGUGUUGCAAUUUCAUUCAUAUCAGAUAAGAAAUCUUAUACUGUAUUAUCACAAAUUCAACAAUAUUUUAAUCUUGAUAUGACACGUGUGCCGACCGAUGAUUGGGAUGAAGUUGAAGAUAUUGUUAAAAAAGUAUUAAAGGAUUAA